AAGGUUUGGAUUCAAACUGAACUAAAACAAAUCAUCACACAGCUGAGAACAAAGGGGUGGGUUCUUUAAAGCUGAGAUUCAUCACAGCAGAUCUUCUAAAAGCAUCAGAGCAGAGCAGGACACGAGCCGCUGGACGGAGGAGAGCUCAGGAACAAAAGACAAGACAAGGAGGAGACAGGAGGACAGCGGAGGACAGAAGACACCUGCACAGUGGACCACCCCAUCCUGGCUGUGGUUGUGUCGUUGUCGUUGUGUGUUGAUGAGUGUGUGGGUGUGUGGCGUCACUUUUGAUGGGACUUUGAGAGAUGUCGUCGUCGUCGCAGCGUCGGUGGACGGCCUAUAAGGGGCGGAGCUUCCCCGCCCCGCUCUUCAUCGCCGCCCUCCUCUUCCUCACCUCAUCGCCUCCGGUCGCUCAGGGAGCCAUAGACAUCCCCAAAAGCUAUAAAAUAAACAACAUGCUACAACCUCCGAUUCUGACAGCGACUCCGAAGUCCUUCACGGCGUUUUCUCCAGAAGACAUCUACCUGCCCUGCGAGGCCUCCGGGAACCCUCCGCCUACGUUCCGCUGGAUGAAGGACGGGGAGGUGUUCGGACCAGAGAUGGAGGAAUCUGGAACGCUGAGAGCCGAAGACGAUGAACCUCUGGACUCGUACAAAGGAACUUAUAGCUGCUACGCCAAGAACACCCUGGGAACCGCCAUAACACAACCUGUCCAGAUCAUCGUAGAGUCUCAACCCGUCCUCCUGAAGCAGCAGAAAGUCCAUAAAAGCGCUUCUGAAGGAGACAGCAUCAUCCUGUCCUGCCAUCCUCCUCAGAGCUCCACGCCUCCUCACAUCCACUGGAUGGACAAGAGGAUGGUCCACAUCAAGCAGAGCGAUCGGGUGACCGUCGGCCUCAACGGAAAAUUGUAUUUUUCCAACGUGCUGAAGACCGACAGCAGAGACGACUACAUCUGUAAUGCUCAGUACACAGAAGCCAGAACCAUCCUACCAGAGACGGCCGUUACGCUAACCGUCACGUCCAGUAACGCCGUCCCUCAGGCCAGGAAACCUCAUUUCUUCGUUCCUUUUCAACCUCCUGGAUCUUCUGAACCUCGAAGUUCAGUUUUAGCACUCAGAGGAAACAGUCUGACGCUGGAAUGCAUCCCUAAAGGCCUACCGACCCCUAAGGUGGAGUGGGUGAAGAGAGAUGGAUCUCUGGAGGACACCAGCGCUGAGGUGGAGAACUUUGGCCGGUGGCUUUACUUCAGCAGUGUCCAGCAGCAGGACGAUGGAGAAUACGAGUGUCGAGCCUCCAACAUCCAUGGAUCGGUGGUCCACUCCUUCAGCGUGUCCGUGGAGGCUGCUCCCUACUGGGUGAAGGAACCUCAGAACCUCCGCUAUGCUCCUGGAGAAACCGUCCGUCUGGACUGUCUGGCUGAAGGCAUCCCCAAACCUGAGGUCACCUGGAGCAUCAACGGGAUACCAAUCACAGAUGUGUCCCCGGACCCUCGGCUCAGUUUUGCGUCUGGAGCCCUGAUCCUCAGAGACGUGGGGUUUUCCGAUAACGCCGUUUAUCAGUGUCAAGCCUCCAACCAUCACGGAUCGAUUCUGAUCAACUCCUUCCUGUUCGUCGUCGAGCUUCCUCCUCAGAUCCUGUCCUCUGACGGCGUCGUCUACAAAGUGAUGGAAGGAGGAGACGUCCAGCUUCACUGUGAGUCCUUCGGCUCCCCGAGGCCUUACGUCACCUGGGAAAGAGAACAUCUGGUUCCUCUGCUCUCUGACCCUCGAGUUUCUCUUCUGACCAAUGGAACCAUCAAGGUUUCCAACGUGACCCACGAAGACGGAGGAGUUUACACCUGCUUCAUCAAGAACUCCAGCGUCUCCUCCGUCACGAAGUCCACCAUCUCCAUCACUGCCAACCUGGAAAUCUACAAUCGGACCAUCGUUCACUCCGGACCUCAGGAUCUUCGGCUGCUCAGAGGAAGCGAUGCUCUGCUCGACUGUCGUUUCUACAAAGAUCCUCGACUUCACAAGGUUCAGGUGGUCUGGAAGAAAAACGGACACAAGCUGCAGGAAUCCUCCCCCGAUGACAAAUACACAAUCUUUGAGGACCGAACGUUGAAGGUGACCAACGUCCAACCAGACGACACCGCCGCCUACAGCUGUGAGGUCAUCACCAGCCUCGACCACGUGAGCUCUGGAGGAUCCAUCACAGUCGUUGCUCCUCCAGAUCCUCCUCAUCACCUGACUCUGUCAGAUACGAGGGACGACAGUCUGACUCUGAGCUGGACUCCAGGAGAGUCGCAUAACAGCCCCAUCACAGAUUUCCUAGUGGAGGCCCGGGAGGAGCAGCACCAGGAGGAGGUCCAGUGGAGGUGGGAGCUCUGGGAGAAGGUUCCAGGAGACGUCCAACACCGGCAGCUGAUGCUCCAUCCGUUCUCCACCUUCAGCUUCAGGGUGACCGCCGUCAACGAGCAGGGAAACAGUUCCGCGAGCCGUCCGUCGGAGCGCCACAGCACGCCACCCGCUGUUCCUUCCAGUAACCCAGUAAACGUCACCAGUAACUCCUCAGAACCUGGAACAUUAGUCAUCACCUGGGCGGAGAUGUCGAAGCGUUUCCACAAUGGUCAGGACUUCCAGUACAAGGUCUGGUGGCGGAAGGCCAAAGGCAAAGACCUACACUGGAACACCGGCUUCGUCAAGUCGCCGCCCUUCCUGGUCAACAACACAGGAACCUUCACAUCCUUCGAGAUCAAGGUUCAAGCCGUCAAUGCUCUCGGAGUAGGACCAGAGCCGGAGGCCAAGAUCGGACACUCCGGAGAGGACACACCAGAAGAACCUCCAGGUGGAGUUUCUACAUUAGUGAAGAACAGAACAGUUGCAGUGAAAUGGAACGAAGCCCAGAGGGUCAGAGGACGGCUGCUGGGAUACAAGAUCUACAUCCGGAGGUUGGGUUCUCAGGACCGACGCCGUCGCCGGUCUCUGGAACAUCACCUGGAGGACCAGGACAGCCGACCGGACCGAGGCCGGGACCGGGACCGGGACCAUGACCCGGUCCGGGUGGAGGUGGUCUGGGGCAACAGGACCUCUGCAGAGGUGACGGAGCUGAAGCUUUUCUCUCAGUACGAGCUGUCGGUUACAGCCUUCAACAGUAAAGGAGAGAGUCCAGCGUCAACACCUCACCUGUUCAUCACACCUGAGGGAGCUCCUGGUCCUCCUGCAUCGCUGACCUUCGACAGUCCGACAGAAAAGUCUCUGAUCCUCUACUGGACUCCUCCUCUGGAAACCAACGGCAUCCUGCUGGGAUACGUGGUUCAGUACCAGAAGGAGGGCCAGAGCAUGGACAGUGUUCUGAGGACCAUCAGCGACCCCAGCGUGAACCAAAUCCUGCUGGAGAACUUGGACUCCAGCAGCUACUACAUCCUGAAGGUGAUCGCUGAAACCAGGUCUGGAGCCGGACCUCCCAUCACCAGUAGAGGCGCCACCCUGCUGGACGGAGUUCCUCCGACCAACGUCACCGUGGUUUCCUGCAACACGUCCUUCAACCUCAGCUGGGUUCCUGGAGAGCGAGACCGGAACCACGGCUUCCACUUCCACUACAAGAAGAAACCUGGUCCUGACCGGUUUAAGAAGUCUGAGUUGGUUAACUCCACGCAGGGUUUCUAUUUGCUGACGGACCUCCAACCAGGAAGUCAGUACCACCUGCAGAUCCGCCACGGCAACGACACCCAGUGGGAGGACGUGAAGUGGACCAUCGGACCAGGUUCUGGUUCUAAACCCUCUGUUAGUGGCCGGAGGUUUGCCGCUCAGGGCUGGUUGAUCGGACUCAUCAGCGCCAUCGUCCUGCUGGUCCUGAUUCUGCUGAUCCUCUGCCUCAUCAAGCAGCAAGGAGGCAAAUAUGCAGUGAAGGACAAAGAGGACAAGGAGGUCGACUCUGAGGCUCCGAUGAAAGACGAGACGUUUGGAGAGUACGGUGAAUCUCUAGAGAGCGACGGCGAUGAGAAGCGCUCCGACAGUCAGCCGUCUCUCUGCAACGAAAGCAAGCUGGGCAGCGACGACUCCCUGGCUGAGUACGGCGACAGCGUGGACAUCCAGUUCAACGAGGACGGCUCCUUCAUCGGCCAGUACAGCGGCCGCGGGCCCGUUCCCCACGGCAACGAGAGCUCCGGCCCCGCCUCCCCCGUCAACGCCGCGCCGCCUCCCCUCGCCCCGUCCAUGUCGAGCAUCCUCAACCGGCCCAGCUAGACGCCGACUCACAACGACUACACAACACCACACACACAUCCACGUAGAACGGGAAGGACAGACCACCUGAUCACUGCCGGUCUCAGUACAUUCCAGCUGUUUACAGGACGUCUCGCCUUUUCUACACUGAAAACACACACAGAUACAAACUCAUGAGAUCAGAUGGUCCUCCUGUUGGACGGACGGCGGCCGGCUGCACCAGCUCACCGCAAACUCCAACCACAACUUACUGCAGGUUGCACCAAAAAAACACGAGUUAGUGAAUAUUUCAAACUACAAACUAAGACAAGAAUAAAACAGCAUUUUAAAGGUGGAAAAUACCAAUAACAAUUCAGAAACCUUCAUUUUUUUAUUAUUUCAUGUUGAUUUUAAAUGAUUACCACUGGCUUAAACUGAAAAAACAAACUAGAUCUGAUGCUGGGAGCAAAAACAACAGUUUGAAACACAAAAAAGAUGGAAAAUAUUGUUAACACCCAAAGUUUUUAUCAUUUAAGGCAGAUUAUUAAUCAUUGUCACUGACCUAAAUAAAAAAAAAACUAACUCAAAAUUGAUUUAAAUAACCUAAACCUAUUUGCUAAGCUAGACUAGUUAGCUUUUAGCAGCAAUAUCUUCAUCUUAUACAAGAAUAAAAACAGUUUAAAGCUUCUGGAUAGCUGAAAAUAUGAUUUCAGAAACCUUAAUUUUUGCUCUUUAGGGCUAAUAGUAAAUUUUAAUCACUCAUUUAAAUUGUAAAAAAAAAAUCUAAUUUGAUUUAAAUACCCAAAAGCGCUCAUUGUUUCACGAAAGACACUAAAAUUAUUCUUUAUAAACAACUUCCCCGCUUAUUGAAAGGUUUGAAGGUUGUUUAAUCAUGAAAUCAGCCUCUGCUAGCAGCUGCUGCUAACCUGCUAAGCCAGGCUAAUUCACUUUUAACAAGAAUAGCUUAGUGUUAUAAAACAACAGUUUAAAAGACUUAUAUGAUGGGAGAUGUCAUUUAAAAAUCAGAAAUCUUAAUUUUUGCUCUUUGGGGGUAAUAAUAAAUUAUUCACUGACUUAAAUGAAAGAAAAACAACUAAAAAUUGCUUUAAAUAACUUCAAAUGCUCAGUAUUUCAGGAAAAACACAGUAUCGAAUGAUUACCAAACGAUUAAAAAUAUAUUCUCGACAAAUAUGCAUGUUUGUUGACUUCACCUUUCAUUAAAGGCUUUUAAAUAUAUAAUUUAAAGCUGGUUUGAUCAAAUAAAAUCUGGUAAAUUUCGCUCAGAAUUGGCAGCUGCUAAGCUAGGCUGGUUAGCUGUUAGCAUGAACCGCUUACCUUAUUCUACAAUCGAUUUGGCUGCUGGUUUAUUCAUGAUACAGUAAAUUAAAGUCGUUUUUAAAGUGCAAUAAACAAGAAUGUAGACAGACAAAACACACGUGACUUCAUUACUGCACGUGUAUUUGACUGGUUUGGCGCUACAGAAAAUUAGUUUUUCUUUUAUUUUGUAGAAUAUUUCUCAUGGAGUUUAUGGGGUUAAAUAAAGCUCAUUGUAGGUUUCAGAAAAAGUUGGAGAAAUGUUGUAAAUGAUAUAAAUCAUGAUAGCAAAAGGAAAAAACUGUUUUUAACUACAUGCAUUCAAAUAUAUGAUUUAAAUGUCAUUUAAUCACAUGAAAUCUUCAGCUAACGAAACUUUUAGCUAGUGUUAGCUCUCAGCUAAUGAAACUUUUAGCUAGCAUUAGCUUUCAGCGAAGGAAACAUUUAGCUAACCGUAACUAACCAGAGUUUCUUUAUCACACAAUUAUCAUCUUUCUGGUAAAAUAACUAAAAAACUUCUCAUUUCACCUCAGUUUUGAUCUCAUUUGCCGUCGAUUUUGGUUUAUUUGCACAUUCAAGUUUACAGAUUUCUGAAAAGCUUCACUAGUGUUCGACUGGUGCAUCCAAAUCCAUGCAGUUUAAAGUAAAAAGCAGUAAAAGUUGGAAGGAUUUCUGAUCAGCUGGUGCAGCUCGGCUCAGGAGAGGAAGAAAAAGGGAAUCCAUCCUUCAUCCGUGACGUCAUCUCGUACGAGCAUUUAGUUCCAUUAACUCGUUUCAACGGUUUUUAUACAGUUCUUCUGCACUCCUUGUUUUUGGGCUAUUUAUUUGUGUUUGUGUGCAUGCGUCUGGAACGAUUCUGCUAUUUAUUGACACGUCCGGUGCAUGUCGGCCUCGAGGCGUUUUUCUGAAUCCUUUCGUCGAUGUUUGCUGCGCGACUGCUGGUUUGUUUUGUGCGAUUGUUCGAGCUCUUCGUCCCGCAGCGACGGGAGAAAUGUUGCCUUAAGAGUUGAGCCUCCUCUUCUUCCUCUUUCUGUCCGUCGGUCAUCCGUUUCUCCUCGAAAACACUCGUUUUCCCAUCAUGCAUCUGAAUCUGAAGGAUCCGGAGGAGCUUUGAGAGCUGCGACUUCACGAAACAUUAAUAUAGAAAGCAAAGAAAACUGAGAACAAAAACUACAGAGACAAAUGUUGUUAAACUGAUAAAAUUUUCGUCAUUUGCUUGUGUUUUAUGAGUUGCAGUUCAGGUUGUGACAUUACGCUCAAAGCUCGAAACUUUGUCGACCUUCUGAAGCAGAAAUAACUCUCAACAGUAGCCGUGUUUCCAUUUAAUUAUCCAAAAAAUAUGAAGCAAAACGUUGAAAGAUAACCAAAAAAUGGGCUAUUUUCUAUUAACUGCAUUGGAGUGAAUCAACCAAGCUGCAUAGUGUCGCCUGAAUGGGGCACUGUAAUGAACAGAGUAGAACAAGCUUGUUUCCUUGUCAGUAGAAGAAGAAAAAACAAGAAGUCAAAGAAGUCUUGAGAAACUGUUUUUCAUUGGGUAAAUUGUAAUUAUUUGUUCUUGCCAGCUGGUGUUGGCCAUGUUUGAUCGUAUCCGGACACGAAAACAAAACUUGUGACUGUGGGAGACGAAAACAACUCUUGUGGUCUUGGUUUUCGUUUUCCGGUCUUGAAAACGGCUGUUUAUUCUGGUGAUGGUAGCUGCAGACCACAUCUGGUCAGCACGAUGCUAAAUGUUGCUAACAAAGACAUGCAAAACAGGUCCUGAUGGUGAUAGCAUGAUGCUACGUUCCCUCUUGAUGCAGGAUAGCUACUGCUUGCUAUGGUUGCAUGCUUGUAAUAAUCACAAACUAAACACAGGUGCAACAGUCCCAGAACUUUUCAAUCGCACCACGUGAUAACUCGUCAUGGAAACACGGCUACUGAAGCUUCCUUCUUGAUGCUGUUUAUUAACUUUGAAUAAGAAACUUUAUUGAGCAAACCA